CUAGAGCUCAGAAGUAACGCGGUUAUUACAUGUCGACAUGUCACUCCUCCGGGUAUGUGCCUUUGCAAAACGUCUGAGUCGUCGCAGUUUAUUUGAUAAGUGUGCCGCGCGCGCGUCUCUGGCGGACCGCUGUCAGCUGCGCGUGCCGACGAGAGACGGCGCGGUGAGGCGAAUAUCAGAGACACACUUGCAGCUUCAAAGGAGAAAUGUUUCAUUUGUGAUCCCCAAGAGAGACGAUGCUAAGAAACGCGGACUGGAGCAGUCUCAGCUGUUAGACGUGCUUGAGGCCAGGAUCCAGCAACUCCGAUCCGACAUCGUUUUAGAUGUCCGUCACGCAAAGGUGAAAUUUCUCAAAGCCCCCUCUUUGGGACGAGGGGUUUUAUCUGGUCAGGGUCCCAAGGGCGCCGCCCCGAAGGAGAAAACUGACGUUCCUAAAUCCGGAAAGACUCUCAAAGCGCCGUCUAAAUCUCAACCCAGCCGCUGGAUGGAAAAACUGACUCAGGAGAAGGAAAACAAACUCACAAAACAGCAGCACCUCCGUCAGAAAAUACAGAAGAAUGUCAAGGAGAAGCCUACCGACAAACUUAAAGGGAGCAAAAGCGGCUCGGCGCUCCCGGGUACUUCACACAAAACUAUAUCCAAGACCGCUCCCUCGAUUAAGAACAGGGGUCGCGGGAAAUUGUCUGAUGAGAUUCGGGCCGCAGUCACUACGAUAGAGGCGGCGGCGGUGGCGGGGACGGCCGCCGCGACACGUAAAGAAUCUAAAGGGAAACAGAAGGGCUCUAAAAAGACGGUUGCCGGUAAAAAGGGCCAGGAGCAGUCCGUCAUCGAUGCCCGGGUCACGGCCGAAGAGCAGGCCAAGGUGGAGGAGCUGGAGAGGAGGCUCAGUCAACAGGUGAGCCGGUGGACGUCGUCGAGCAACCCGCUGCUGCUCCUCCAGGAGGACGUGGAGGCGGCCGCGUGCGGCGACAUCCAGCUGAGCAUUCGCUCUUACCUGGAGGCGUGCGUGUUCGCCGGGGACGUGGAGAGGGCGCAGCGCUUCCUGCUAAGUCAGCACAGAGUCAUGAGUCGACGGAAACACCUGAACACGGGCGUCUACAACAUCAUGAUGAGGGUGUGGGCCAAGAAGGGCACGUUAAAUCAGAUCGGCCGCAUAUUUAGUCUGUUAGAAGAGGCUAGUCUGAAGCCGAAUCUGGGAUCCUACUGCACUGCCCUGGAGUGUAUGGGCCGCAAUCCCAACUGCUCCCCAAAUGUCAUCACAAGGUGCCUGAGCCAGAUGAAGGAGUAUGGCCUCUCUGUGGACGACCUGUUCAGCCGGUGUGUGUUCCGGCAGGACGAGCGGGACAUGGUGCUGAAGGCCGUGCACGUCGUCCAGCCCGACUACCGGCCCCGCCUCAAAGCGGAGGCGACUCCGUGGUCCUCAUCGCUGGUCCACGACUUCUACACACAGAGGUCAGACCACCAGUACCCCAAACUGGACUUCACCCAGGAGGAGCUUCAGGAGCGUUUCAAUCUUCAGCUCAGCAUGGAACAGGCCUGCACUGCCACCAUCAACUCUGUGGAGGCUGCCAAGCCCGUAACUGAACACAUGGCGAGAAUGAGGGAGCUGCUGGCGGAUCAGCGGGCAAAGUGGCAGAAGAUCCUCCUCCAGGCCCUGAGGGAGAGUAAGAUGAUCCUGUCUAACACCAACUCCAAGGACUACCGGCUUAACCUUUAUCCCUACCUCUGUGUGCUGGGGGAUAAAGAGUACGUCGACAUCAUGAUACAGAGCGUCGCCAACCUGCCUCCCAGCGGAGAGUCACUGAAGAUCUUGGCCAGAGAGCUGGGCAACCGGGUCUACACCAAGUACUCUGUGCGGCAGAAGCACCAAAGCCAGAUGGUGGAAAAGUUGCGCAACAUUUACAACUCUUACACAGACCUGCUGGCCAAAGACACAAAGGAGUACAGCGUCCUGCCCAGCGAGCAUUGGUGCAAGCUCGAGCUGGACCAGACCUCAGGACCCUCGCUGCAGGGAGGAGAGACCCACUGGCCGUACAUCGUGUCCCUGGAGCUGGGCACCUACAUGGUGGAGUUGAUGGUCAAGAACCUCAAAAUCAACAGCGACACCCUGAACUCUGCUUUCGAGAGAAAGUCCAUCCCCAUCCUGUACCACAUGUACACCUUCCGCAGCACACGACAGGUCGGCUUCAUCAAACCCCACCCCAUCCUGACUCAGAUGCAGCAGGACGCCAUGGAGACCGAGUUGACCUUUGACUCCUUCGUGAUACCGAUGCUUUGCCCUCCCGUGCCCUGGACGUCUGUCAAGUUCGGAGCCUACCUGCUGACGCCGACCAAGCUGAUGCGCACGGUGGAAGGGGCCACGCAGCACGAGGUGUUGUUGGAGAAGUGCCAGAACCUCCUGCCGGUCCUGGACUCUCUCAACCAGCUGGGCAACUGUGCCUGGCGUGUCAACAAACCCUUAUUGGACAUUAUCAUCUCCAUCUUCAACGAUCGGGGCUGCGACAAGCUAGACAUCCCUCCUCCUCUGUCGGAGGCCCCCAAAAUACCCCACUUCACCGCCCACGAUCCCGCUUACACGGCCUCUGAGAAAGCCCACAUGAAGAGGGAGGUGAUCAACGCCAAGAAGAAAUGCAACGAGAUGCACAGCCUUCGCAUGGACGCGCUGUAUAAACUCUCCAUUGCCAACCACAUGCGGGAUGAGAUCUUCUGGUUCCCUCACAACAUGGACUUCCGGGGACGUACCUACCCCUGUCCUCCGUACUUCAAUCACCUGGGCAGUGAUGUCACGCGGGCUGUCCUUUUGUUCGCCGAGGGGAAGCCCCUCGGUCCGAAGGGGCUGGACUGGCUGAAGAUCCACUUGGUCAAUCUGACGGGGCUGAAGAAGAGGAGCUCCCUAGAGGGACGGCUGGAGUACGCCAAUGCGAUCAUGGAGGACGUCUUGGACUCGGCAGACGACCCUCUCGACGGUAAGAAGUGGUGGACGAAUGCAGAUGAGCCUUGGCAGGCUCUGGCCUGCUGCAUGGAGAUCGCCAACGCCGUGAGAUCUCCCGAUCCAACGCGGUUCAUCUCCCAUUUUCCCGUCCACCAGGACGGCUCCUGUAAUGGCCUCCAGCACUACGCUGCCCUCGGAAGAGAUGUUAUUGGGGCCACGUCCGUCAACCUCCUGCCCUGUGACGAGCCCCAGGACGUGUACAGCGGAGUAGCGCAGCAGGUGGAGGAGUUCCGAGCGCGGGACGCACAGAGCGGCAUGAAGAUCGCCCAGGUCCUGGAGGGCUACAUCAGCAGGAAGGUGGUGAAGCAGACCGUGAUGACGGUCGUGUACGGGGUCACGCGCUUCGGGGGACGCCUCCAGAUCGAGAAGCGGCUCAAGGAGAUUGACGAGUUCCCGAAGGAGCACGUGUGGGAUGCGUCUCAUUACCUGGUGCGUAUGGUGUUCAGUGGCCUCAAGGAGAUGUUCACAGGGACCAGAGAGAUCCAGGCAGAGAGGAGUCUGGCAGCAAAUAGAAACGCCACCCACCGCCGCUGUGUGUCCUCUGGGCGAUGUGUCGGCACGGCCCAGUCUGAGAUGAAGAAUCCCCUUCCCCAUCAUACCUUGGAUUGGCUGACGGAGAGCGCCAGGCUCAUCUCCAAGUCGGGCCACACCGUGCAGUGGGUGACGCCGCUGGGUUUACCCAUCAUUCAGCCCUACCACCGCACACGCAACCAAGUGCUGAAGAGUACCAUGCAACACAUCAACCUCCAGAUCAGCCACGACGCCAGAGAGAGGCCGGACACGGUUAAACAGAAGAACGCCUUCCCACCAAACUUCAUUCACUCUCUGGACUCCACCCACAUGAUGCUGACGGCUCUCCACUGCUACAGUGCCGGCCUGACGUUCGUCUCGGUCCACGACUGCUUUUGGACCCACGCCCUCACUGUGGACACCAUGAACAAGGUCUGUCGGGAGCAGUUCGUGGCGCUGCACAGCCAGCCGAUCCUCCAGGAGCUGUCCAACUACCUGCUGCAGAAAUACUGCACCGGGUUCCCGACUGAAGCCAAGACCAAGAAGUACCAGGAGUACAGGAGGCUGAUGCUGCUGCUGGCCAAAGUGCCCCAGACAGGUGAUUUUGAUCUCCGGCGGGUGAAGGAGUCCACUUAUUUCUUCAGCUGAGAGGCUCACGAGGUCCGAGCCAGCGGAGGGAGAUGAGUGGAAUUGACAAGAGUGCAGCGGGGGAGGGAUACUGCAGGGCCCGCGGGUCUCAGGCUGGCUUCGUCUCCCUCGGACGUCGGGAUCAUUGA